CCCACCCCCGAGACCCAUAUUCUCUUCGCUGUGCAUUCUGGGAACUCAUACAGAAGUUUCAAGAUGGCGGCGAGCAGGAGGCUGGCCAAGGAACUUGAUGAGAUUCGCAAAUCUGGAAUGAAAAAUUUCAGAAACAUUCAAGUCGAGGAAUCAAACCUGUUGUCAUGGCAAGGGCUCAUUGUACCUGACAACCCUCCCUAUGACAAAGGCGCAUUCAGGAUCGAGAUCAUUUUUCCCACCGAGUACCCUUUUAAGCCUCCUAAGAUCACGUUCAAAACAAAGAUCUAUCAUCCCAAUAUUGAUGAGAAGGGCCAAGUGUGUUUGCCUGUUAUCAGUGCAGAGAACUGGAAGCCAGCCACCAAAACUGACCAAGUUAUUCAGUCUCUCAUUGCACUGGUGAACGACCCCCAGCCAGAGCAUCCAUUGAGGGCAGACCUAGCAGAAGAAUACUCAAAGGACCGUAAAAAAUUCUUGAAGAACGCCGAAGAGUUUACAAAGAAACAUGGCGAAAAGCGGCCAAUGGACUGA